AUGGUCUCAAAUUCAGCGGCCUAACCCCGUUUGUUUCCCUUGUUAAACAUAUCUCUGCCACCAAGCAAGAGAGCGUCUUUCCUUCUGCUUGAACACUUGGCAUCAAACUUUCUGGUCUCUUCGGCUUGCAUAUAGGCUAUUGCUCCGUUUAUUUUGACAUAAAUAAUCAAUAAACUGUUUUUUUUUUUUUUUUUUUCCUUUUAACUCUGGAAAAGUAUCUUCCUCUUUUUACACCGUAAUACAUACGCCUAUGGGAGAAUCUGUGAUUUCCCAGUGAGACGAACGGAGUGUAACCAAGUACUUCAUUAAAGGUCAGAUUCAAUAAAGCUUUAGUUAAUCGCUGCAAUGCCUCUGGUUCGGCGAAAAAAACCCGCCGAAGCUGAGAAGAAUUCUGGUUCCGAUUCCGGUAACCGAAACGAAAAAUCCGAAGAAGGAGAAGAAGAAGAAGAGAACGGCAAGAAGAGGAGACUUCAUAAGAAGAAUGAAAAAUCGAAGGCCAAGAAGGCUAAGGAGAAGGGCAAGUGGUCGUGCGUGGACAGCUGCUGUUGGUUGAUCGGCUGCAUUUGCACAAUUUGGUGGCUCUUGUUGUUUCUGUACAACGCCAUGCCUGCCUCUUUCCCCCAGUAUGUGACGGAGGCGAUCACGGGGCCGCUGCCGGACCCGCCCGGCGUGAAGUUGAGGAAAGAGGGGCUGACGGCAAAGCACCCAGUGGUGUUCGUGCCCGGGAUCGUGACCGGUGGGCUCGAAUUGUGGGAGGGACACCCCUGUGCCGACGGGCUGUUCCGGAAGCGCCUCUGGGGCGGUACCUUCGGCGAAGUGUAUAAAAGGCCUUUAUGCUGGGUAGAGCACAUGUCAUUGGACAAUGAAACGGGGCUGGAUCCUCCUGGUAUAAGGGUUAGGCCCGUCACUGGACUUGUGGCUGCUGAUUAUUUUGCUCCUGGCUAUUUUGUGUGGGCGGUUUUAAUUGCUAAUUUGGCGCGCAUUGGUUAUGAGGAGAAGAACAUGUAUAUGGCUGCAUAUGAUUGGAGAAUCUCAUUUCAGAACACUGAGGUGCGGGACCAAACACUAAGUCAGAUAAAAAGUAAGAUAGAGCUGAUGGUUGCUACCAGUGGUGGGAAAAAGGCAGUUAUAGUUCCCCAUUCAAUGGGUGUAUUGUAUUUUCUGCAUUUUAUGAAGUGGGUUGAGGCACCAGCUCCAAUGGGUGGAGGGGGAGGACCAGACUGGUGUUCUAAGCAUAUAAAGGCAGUGAUGAACAUUGGUGGACCAUUUUUGGGUGUUCCAAAAGCUGUGGCAGGGCUUUUCUCUGCUGAAGCCAAGGAUGUUGCAGCUGCCAGGGCCAUAGCACCAGGUUUCUUGGAUAAUGAUAUGUUCCGGCGUCAAACAUUGCAACAUGUGAUGAAGAUGUCCCGCACAUGGGAUUCAACCAUGUCAAUGAUUCCAAAAGGUGGGGAAACCAUAUGGGGUGAUCUUGACUGGUCACCAGAGGAAGGCCACGUUCCUAGCAAGAGAAGACAAAUAAACAAUGAUACCAAGUUGGCAAGACAAGAUGAGACUGGAAGUCUGGGUUCCCAACUAAAAAGUGCUUAUUAUGGAAGGAUUAUCUCAUUUGGUAAAGAUGUGGCAGAGGCAAAAUCAUCUGAGAUUGGGAGGACUGACUUUCGGGAUGCUAUUAAGGGUCGUAAUUUUGCAAAUAAUACCUGUCGUGAUGUGUGGACCGAAUACCAUGACAUGGGAAUUGAGGGUAUCAGAGCUGUUGCAGAACAUAAAGUUUACACUGCCGGAUCAGUUUUAGAUCUGCUUCAGUUUGUCGCACCGAAAAUGAUGGCACGCGGCAGUGCUCAUUUCUCUUAUGGAAUUGCUGACAAUUUGGACGACCCAAAGUACAAACACUAUAAAUACUGGUCAAAUCCCCUGGAGACUAGAUUACCAAAUGCUCCUGGCAUGGAAAUCUUUUCAAUGUAUGGAGUUGGCAUCCCAACCGAAAGAGCAUAUGUUUAUGAGUUAUCUUCUUCUGCAGAAUGCUACAUUCCAUUUCAGAUCGACACAUCAGCUGACAGUAGAGAAGAUGAAGAGAGCUGUCUAAAAGACGGAGUCUACACUGUUGAAGGUGACGAGACCGUGCCUGCUUUAAGUGCAGGCUUCAUGUGUGCCAAAGGUUGGCGUGGGAAAACCAGAUUUAAUCCUUCGGGAAUUCGAACCUACAUUAGGGAAUACGAUCAUUCUCCUCCAGCCAAUCUGCUAGAGGGCCGGGGUACCCAAAGUGGUGCCCAUGUUGAUAUAAUGGGAAAUUUUGCCUUAAUUGAGGAUAUUCUGAGGGUGGCAACUGGAGCUUCCGGAGAAGACUUGGGAGGUGAUCAGGUUUACUCGGACAUCUUUAAAUGGUCUGAGAAGAUCAACUUACAUCUGUAAUUUCAAGUCAUAUGUAUUCAGUUAUUUGAAUGGUGCAGUAGAAAAAUAUUCAAAGUUCUGUAUCUUAUAACUCUAUUUUAUGAGAAUAAUUUGUAGUUUUCAAAAA